GCCCGUGUGAUUUCAACAGCUGUAUCAACCUUCUCUCUUUGAAACACAACACAAGUCUCUCUCUCUCUCUUUCUAGUAUCAUGUCGGAGAAACGCAUUAGAAUGGUCGAGAAAAGUAACAAGAGACAGCGAGUGAAACUUGUUCACAAGUUCUCGAUCAACGACCAUCACGACGUGCUCGUAGAAAUCCUCCGGAGACUAGACGGCCCUUCGCUCUGCUCAGCUGCUUGCGUGUGCCGUCUUUGGUCGGCCGUGGCUAGAAACGACUCAAUAUGGGAAGAGCUCUGUUUCCGACAAGUGUCACCACGACCUUCACUUCCCCUUCGCUCCAUCGUGUCGGCUCUAGGUGGAUACAGACGUCUCUACUUCCUCUGCAUCCGUCCGGUCCUCGCACGGCUCCCCAAGAUCAUAUGGAGCCGAGAACAGCUUCAGCUCUCACUCUCUCUUUACUGUGUCCACUACUACGAGCGCCUUCACGUCGGCGCGUGGCUUGGAGACGCGCCACCUUCUUCGCUUAUGUUCCUUCGGGAACCCGUCAACGUCGUGUGA